AAAUGUCAGUGGAUUGUUAUUGUCUGUUGUGAAUGCUCGCAAAAGUGUGAAAGUAGAUAUCAUUUCCUCGAAAGUGCAAGUUUUUGUAAAGCGUGUUGAUUUCGAAGUGCUAAAGUAUAUAAUUGGGUUAACAGAAUGGAUUACAUAUCGUUUUCAAACUAUUCGUACGGUGACAACGACGACUAUCCUCACGAACCGCACAUAAUGCCCGUGCCUGCGGGAGGACCAUGGAAUGUGCAGGGACUGUCUUGGGGGUCACAUUCGCCGCCCCAGCUGGUGCAGUUUAACGCUCAAGUGCCUCAGCAACCUCGGUUUUCUUCAAUAAUGCACUGCAAACGAAAAAGUUUAGAUCCAGAGCCAUCAAUCCCAGCAAAGAUAUACAUAACUGAAGACAAAAUGGCAGAUCACCUCAACGGUCUACAUCUGUCUACAGACUAUAGAACACACCACCUAGCCAGUAGUAAUAACUCUAUGAGUAUGGAUAUGGACACUCCCACCAGCACUGAUGUGAGAGACAAGUUGAAAGGGCACACCAUUGUACUCUCGGAGGAGAUUAAGAAACUUAAGGAUGAGCCGCUGAUACCUCCUGCGCUUAUUGAAAGAUUAGAAAAACCCUGCAUGUCCCUGGUUGUCUGGCAGCCCAAAGAGAGUGUAGUAGACAAAAUAAAGGGCACUACCACGGAGAACAGAACAGAAGAAGAGGAACCAAAGAAACGGAAUGGUGUUCUCGUUCCUGAUAUGGGCAUGGAUGGCGGUAUGGAUGUGGAGAUGUAAGUUUAUUUCUGGUCUUAGAUGUAAUUUAGUGGUUAAGUUUUGUAAGAUUGUUUGAGAGUACAGUUGGAUCAAUUUAUAUAGAGCUAAAUGUAUAAAUAAACAUACCAAACAUACCAAGUAUCAGUCUCAAACCAUUCUUUCUUACAUUUGGAGUUUUAGUGGUGCUUGUGCUGGGCCCAAUGGGGAAUUUGUUUUCUCUUUAACUUUGCAUCUAUUAUUUGAUAUUGUAUGAUAAUAAUAAAUAACCUCUAACCGCCCAGGGACCUAUAAAAAGGCCUCCUGUUCCAUUCUAAUUUGAACUUUGUGUUGACAAAAUAAAAUUUCAUUUUGCUUGGCAAGGUUUGACAUAUGGGUGGCUAGAGGAUAUGGUAAAAUUUUCAAACAAUGGAAUACAUAUUUAUAUUUUCAUUCCAUUCAAUAGUAGUGUCAGAAAAAAAUGCUAAGUGGGUGAAGUGUUCAAAGUUUUCCUUGACACACUAUUCUCUUAACAGUAAAGUCAUGUCAAGAUCAUUUUGAACUCUUGGCCCGCUUAGCAACUUCUGCUGCUGACUGUACUAAAUUUUGGAAUGUGAUCAUUUUUGUAUCAAAUUGAUCCAACUGACUGUACCAAAAGCAGCUUAGCAGACUGAAGAGUAAAUGAUACUUUGAAAGGUUUUUGAUAUUGAAUAGGCACAUUACUUAUUGGAAAAUACACCGUGUUUUUAUUGAAUUCCGUUAACUUCGGGGUAUGGUUAAGUAUGUUUGAGAGAACUAAAUGGCAUAGUUAAUUUUCAAAAAAAAAAAUUUUUUUGCUUUUUUUGUAAAAAAAUAAUUAAGGUUAAAAAGUAAUUAAAUGUAGCAUAUAGCGUUGUUGUAACACGGGCAUUACAUUUAACUCAACCAAACAAUUGAAAUCUAUGAGAUAUCAAUGUUAUUUCAAACAUUGAUCGACCGAGAUUGUACUUAAGUUUAGUA